AACAAUCAGUUUUGCUAACAAGAUUAAGCCAAAGUUAUAAUAAUUUGAAGUAACUUCUACAAUAUAUAAUAAAGAUGCUGUAAACAGUGUGAUGAUGUGUGUGUUUGAUGUUAGAUACUCGUGUGAGAGGAUGGCUCCUGCUGGAUUCCUACACACCAACAUUCUUGCUCACCAUCACCUACCUCCUAACAAUCUACCUGGGAACAAAAUAUAUGAAAAACAGACCACCAUACUCACUGAAACAUGUUUUACUGCUGUACAACUUCUCUCUUACUAUGUUGUCUUUAUACAUGCUGGUUGAGUUGAUAUCAUCAGUCUGGUCUGCAGGUUAUCGUCUUCAAUGUCAGGGUCUGCAUGAAUCUGGUGAAGCAGAUAUCAGGGUAGCAAAAGUGCUGUGGUGGUACUAUUUCUCCAAGCUUAUUGAAUUCCUGGACACCAUCUUCAUUGUGCUGAGGAAGAAAAACAACCAGAUCAGUUUCCUACAUGUGUAUCAUCAUGCCUCUAUGUUUAACAUCUGGUGGUGUGUCCUCAAUUGGAUACCCUGUGGACAGAGUUUCUUUGGGCCAACACUAAACAGUUUCAUCCAUAUCCUCAUGUAUUCUUACUAUGGUUUGUCAACCAUUCCAUCCAUGCACAAAUAUCUGUGGUGGAAACGCUACCUCACGCAGGCUCAGCUGGUUCAGUUUUUGUUGACUAUAACACACACAGUAAGUGCAUGGGUCGUUCCUUGUGGUUUCCCUCUGGGCUGUCUGAAAUUUCAAACCUUCUACAUGUGCACACUUGUCGCCCUGUUUGUCAACUUCUACAUGCAGACAUACAGAAAGAGGAAGCUGGAGGGUGACAGACUUGCUAAGGUUGGAGAUCUUAAAAAGAUCUCUAAUGGCCUUUCAUCUUCUCUCAACGGAGCUAACUCCAAACAGAAGCUGCAGUGAUGCCACAAUAUGGAGCAAAAUGGAAUGCUCUUCUCAAUUCACUUAUGCUGAAUGCUAGCACAAUAGUAGCCAUAAUCAUCUGAUAAUCAAAAUGCAAUUUUAUAAAUUAGAAUAUAACUUUUUAACCAUUUUGUAUGUUUGUUUUGCAUACGUUCCUCUCUAGCCAAUGUAAAUGCUGUACAAUAAUUUUGUGUGGAAAAACAUUUUUCAAACUCUUAUUCAAAAUAAACACCUGUUAUGGAGUACAGUAUCUACUUUAUUACACAUCUUUGGCAAUUUAUCUCUAAUGACAAGAAAACAUUCAGUAAUAUCCCCCAAAUCACUAUAAUCAUUUAUUGUUCAACAAAAGAUGCCUUAGGCUACAAGUCUUAAUCUGAUAUAACCAUUCAGUGUGUAAUUGAAUGUAAAGAUAUGUAGGAUCGUAAAUCAUAGCACUAAUAAUACACCUUUCCCAAGUCUUCAUUAUCAGCCAUCAGAUAUGGAUUGUUAGGUAUAGACAUCAAGUCCCAUGAAAUGCUGUAUAAAAUAAAUUUGUAACCGUUAAAGACCCCAUGAAAAUGUUUGACGUAUGCCUUUUUGUUGUUGUUGUUGAUGAUGAUGAGGGUUGGUGCUAAACUUUGCAGGAAAGUGUAUAUCAAGGGCCAGAAUUGCCCACCCCUGAUAUAUUUCCUAUUGCUACCAGAGGGAAUAGCAAAGGGUUUGCCCAUUUGUUUAAACGGCCAGUAACCUUUUGUUAUAAAUGGCACAGCUUUGAACCAGGAUUUGUUACAUCCUAUUGCAAGUCUUGGCAGCUGCUAUCAGCAAACAGACCAACGCAUUCUAUAAAGCAUUUUAUUGGAUAUGCUGGUUGUUGAGUCAUCAGUAUUUUUGGUCUGUUUUGCUAGAAGAUCACUGUGUAUAUCGGCUUAAUUUUAAUAGGAACAUCUGCAUGUAUAAUACAUGACUCAAAACAGUACAAAUCUUCAGUUUUAAUUACAUGAGUGUUUGGUGCAAACCUUUAAAAUACAUAUAUUUUUAAAUGACCACAGAAAACAAUGAUUGUCUUUAUUAU